AUGGAGUUCAAUAAGGAUCAGGCAAGCGUGUCUGAGAAUAAGUCUCAAGAUCCAAAUCCCAGAUUUGCUUUCGAAGGUUGCAGCGUUUUGCUCGAUGUUAACGAUGGUGAUCGUCUUGUCUUCGCUCGUCUCUCCGGUGGCGCUAUAUUAAAAAUCGGUAAUAAGAAUUAUUCGUUAAAGCCAUUGAUCGGAGCUCCGUUUGGAUCUCUGUUCCAAGUCGAAAACGGAGAAGAAGGUUCUUUCCUAUCUCGUAUUCUACCUGUUAAACAAGAAAAUAACAGUAAUAAUGUUAUCGAUGAUUCGAGAGAUAAUCGAGAACUUGUCGAUAAUAAUGAAGCUCAAAGUCUUACUGGUGAAGAAAUUGAAGCUAUGAGGAGAGAGGGUGCAAAAGGGGAUGAAAUUAUUGAAGCUCUUAUUGCAAAUAGCAAAACAUUUGAUAAGAAGUUUCAGUUUUCACAGGAAAAAUAUAAGCUUAAGAAGCAGAAGAAAUAUGCGCCAAAGCUGCUUCUAAGACGGCCUUUUGCUCGAAGUAUCUGUGAAGCUUACUUCAAGAAGUAUCCCUCCAGAAUCGGAUUCAUACGAGUAGAUGCGUUAUCUCUUUUGUUAACAAUGGCUAAUGUCACCGCAUACUCGGAUGUGCUUGUGGUCGAUAUGGUUGGUGGCCUUGUCACUGGUGCAGUGGCUGAACGACUAGGAGGCACUGGUUAUGUUUGCAAUGCAUAUAAGGGAAAAUAUCCUUAUUCUGUGGAGAUGGUAAGGAUGUUCAACUUUAGUGACAAGGUUAUAGAGAGGAUCGUGCAGUCAUCUAUAAGCGAACUCUCGUCACCUGCUUCUUCUGAAGAAAACAAUCAACAAGAAGUAGUUUAUAACGCCGAGAUUAAUAUCAAUGAACCAUCUACGUCUGAUAUGGUAGUAGAAGAAAUUUCUGUGACCGCUGAGGCUACAGUAGUAGGUGCUGUUGCUCCAGAGUGCAAAAUUAUCAAAGCUCCAAAAGCUGGAGCCAAAGCUUCGAAAGAAGCAAUCCAAAUGUGGCGUGAAAACGGUUUUUCUAGCUUAAUCAUCGCUGCACAAGACCAAGAUCCAUGGAGCGUAGCAAAAGACGUAUUGCCACUGCUUUCCUACUCUGCACCGUUUGCUAUAUACCAUCAGUAUUUACAGCCGUUGGCGACAUGUAUGCAUAACCUUCAGCAAGAGAAGAUGGCGAUUAAUCUGCAAAUAACAGAACCGUGGCUACGCGAGUAUCAGGUGCUUCCUUCAAGAUCUCAUCCUCACAUGCAGAUGAGUUCCUUUGGAGGCUAUGUUCUAAGCGGCAUCAGAAUCUCCACCACUUCUUGA